AUGGCUGAAUACAAGCUAUCCUAUGAGUCCCAACUGGACGUAUACCACCCCUCCUACCGCUAUGAAGCCCAUGACCCACGCGAUUGGGAAUCUGCCGCUCUCCGUGGACCAGCCCUCCCAGCUCUAGGGAAUGCAACUGCCGGCGCAGUGGGCGCAGCCAUCUCCAAUGUUGUCGUCUAUCCCCUCAAUGUUAUCGUCGCCCGCCUACAGACCCAGAAACAGAAAAACAGCAGCUCGAAGGAGAAACCUGACGACCAGAAUGAUGACGAAGGGUAUACAAGCGUGGUGGAUGCUGCCCGCAAGAUAUAUGCACAGCAAGGAGCCGCUGGCUUCUACCCUGGUCUGGCGCAAGAUACGUGGAAGACCGUCGCGGAUUCAUUCCUUUUCUUCCUUGCAUACAGCGCUAUCCGCCAGAAGAGGAUAGUCGCACAUGUAGGUGUAGAGCGAGCCGCCAAGAGCAAAAAUAUAGUCCUUCCGAUAAUUGACGAACUUGCCGUCGGUAUCUUGGCUGGCUCGUUUGCUAAGUUAUUCACCACGCCGCUGUCGAAUAUCGUCGCGCGCAAGCAAACAUCUGCGGCACACAGGGCUGGGAAUACGAAGAACAUGUCAACAAGUGAUAUCGCAGCUCGCAUCCGCGCUGAGAAGGGUAUUCUAGGCUUUUGGUCCGGAUACUCGGCCACCCUGAUACUCACCCUGAAUCCGUCUCUCACAUUCUUCCUCAAUGAAUUCCUAAAACGGGCCCUCCUACCACGCUCAAAGCGCGACAAACCGCCUCCCGCUUUGACCUUCCUGUUGGCGGCUCUGAGCAAAGUCGCUGCCUCGUCAAUCACAUAUCCCUUCUCCCUCGCAAAAACCAGAGCUCAGGUAAUGAGCUCGGACUCGAAGUCUAAGUGUGGAACUGGACAGAAGGGUCAGACCUCCCUUUUCGCCUCUCUCACCCCCGAAAUACUUUCUACAGUCGCCACCAUCGCCCGCACGGAUGGUAUACCAGGGCUCUACGCCGGCCUUCAGGGUGAAGUGCUAAAAGGAUUUUUCUCGCACGGCUUUACAAUGCUCGCAAAAGACGCCGUGUACGCUUUUAUAGUCAAGAGCUACUAUCUCCUUCUGAUGCUGAGACGUCGCUAUCCCACGCCCGAUGAACUUAUUCAGCGUGCCCGCGAACAGGCGGAGGAGUAUACAGAGAUCGCACGGGCAGGAGCGCGUGACCUAGCAGAGAGGACGAGGGAAGGCGCCGAGGAGCUACUAGACACUCAUUCCGGCGGCAACGCUAUUGAUAUGUCAUCAAACUCUGCAGGUGCUGCUGAUGCUGCCAGAAGUGCGAAUAAUGUGAAGGGUCCUGCUCCUUCGGUUUCUGAUGAAAUUAAUGAGACGGCUGAGCUGGUUGGUGAUUACGUUGAAGAUGAAGCGGCCGAGUGGAAAAGCCUUUAUCAUUGGUUUUGGACGAAGGAUCAUGGCACACAUCGGGAUUGA